ACGUGUGAAACAUUCAAACUUUCCUACGACAUGAACCUCCUAUUUCCUCGCACUAACUUCCAUUCCUUAUACACCGCUUUGUCUUUGCUUCCACAUAAGGAAAUAAAAAAAAAGUAGCUAUAGGAUGAUGAAUGUUUUGGCUAUUUCUCUUGUAUUAUCCACACUUGUUACAGCAGGAUUUUUCAAGCCUAACCCAGAGAAUAUUAAUAAGAAAGAAGAUGUUGUUUUAGUAGUUGAGUUUGAUAAAGAUGAUGGCACCAAGGUCUUAAUCUCCCCACAAGAUCAAGCUGAAAUUCCAACAGAAAAAUCAAAAUCAGGGUAUGUUUCUGAUCUCAAAGACAAGUCAUAUGAAAAAGCUGAAGAGGCAUCAUCUGUUCUUCCAAAUAUAGGACAAGGAAUCUCUAGUCCUUAUGUGAAUAAUCAAGAUCAAGAAAAUGUUCAUGAAUAUCAUACUAAGGCUAGUGCUAGAGAUGUUGUUUGUGAUGCCUUUGGAAAGUGCAGAGAAAAAAUUGCUAGUGCUAUGGGCAAAACCAAAGAUAAGGUUUCUGAAAAAGCACAUGAAGCCGUUGAUCAAGUUGAUGAAGUUAAAGAAAGUGCUAAAGGGACUACAGAUAAAGUGAUAGAUGUAGUUACUGAAGCCUCAGAUAAGGCUAAGGAUGAAGUUGAGGAAAUUAAAGAAAAAGCCAAGGAUGUAGUUGACACAACAAAGAGAAAAAAGGCUGAAGUGGAACAAGAGGCAUCAAGAAAAUAUGAGCACACAAAAGGAGAAAUAUCUGAAAAGGCAAAAGAAUUAGAGGAGAAAGCAGAACAAGUGAAAGAUACAGUAAAAGAAGGUGCAAAAAGGGUUAAAGAAGAAGGUAAAAAAGACUUGAAAGAUAUUCUCGAACGAGGACGUGAAUUCUUCUAUGAUGUAGUUAUGUAUAUCUUCUCGUUUGAGAAUUUGCGUCCUGUGAUGCGUUUGGCACACUUGUUGGGAUUUGCAGUGGCUUAUGGGAUGUGUAUUUGGGUAACAUUUGUUUCAAGUCAUGUGUUAGCUAGGGCUUUGCCUAGGCAACAAUUUGCAGUUGUUCAAAGCAAGAUUUACCCUGUCUACUUCAAGGCCAUGUCUUAUUGCGUUGGUGCAGCAUUCCUUGGCCAUUUGUUAAGCCAAAAACGUCGAUUUUACGCGAACUCAGCUGAAGCAGUGCAAGGUUUUAAUCUUCUAGCUUCAAUCUCCAUGCUUUUGGCCAAUUUGCUCUACUUAGAGCCUCGAGCCACAAAGGUUAUGUUUGAGAGAUUGAAGUUAGAGAAGGAAGAAGGCAGAGGUAAUCACAUAUUUAACGUUGAACCAAACAGUACUAGAGAAGUGGAUUCAGUGUUGGAUCCUACAGGCACAAAGACAACCAGUACUCACACAACAACUAGUAAAGUACCUGCAGAAACAUCUCCAGAGAAGGUAACAGCAGUAUUGAAGCCUCAAGUAGUGAGAUUAAGCCAGAAACUUAAGAAGUUGAACUCAUAUUCAUCUUUUCUUAAUGUGCUCACACUUAUGGCUCUUACUCACCAUCUUGUUCACCUUACUCAGCUACUCGAUGCCACCAGCUGAAGAAAAGUAUGAAUAAUACAUGCUGAUCAGCUAGUCUAUACUGUUUUCUUUGUUGUUUUGGUAGAAGUGAUUGCCACUAUGUAGAUGCUAGUCCUUUUUUUUUUUAAAAAAAAAAAAAAAUUUCGUCUAACUUCUGUCUAGGUAAAUAGGAGUAAUGUUUUUGUACACGGCAAUUUAGA